AUGCUUACUGACCUAAUGCUUUCGGGUUUUCCUGGUGAUGAGCAGCAUUCGGCACUACAUGCUUUCGACAUGCUAGCGAGAGUGUCCUUGGACAAUUCCCGAUCGUUAGAACAAUGGAAGCGUCAGGUAACUCCUUUGAAGUGGUCGUUCUGUGGUAGCACAAAAACGUUCCUACACAACAUGCAAUUUUCGAAGUACUUAAGUCUUGCUGUUAUCAAGUGCACUAACAACAUGGUGGACACAGGAAUCCGUGGAGCGCUUAGCGGUGUUGAAGAGUUGGUGACUUUUCUCGAGAUCGCAUCCACCAGCGAUCGUUCGGCGUUCUCAAGAAGAGCAAAUGUGAUCUUUGAGUGCAGAACAUGUGCCUCUCUGUUUCGAAAGGCCGACGGUUUCAUGAGGCACGUCAUGAGAUGCGAUGGUAGUCGUACCGGCGACGUCGAUUCGGAAUUCGACCGACGUAUUUUUCUUACGCCACCUAUUUAUUCGAGUACUGCAGCAAGAGCACCAGGCAUGGUACCGCUGAAGAGACCAUUGGCUAAUGGAGUGGUACCUGCUCCGAACGUGCAGUCUUCCACCCUUCAGCAACAGAAUUUAAACGUUACGAAGUCUUUCGUUAAAACGGUUAAAGUUCAAGAUCUCAGCGUCGACAUUCGCCCGUCACGUAUGCGUAAGACGCCAAAAUGGCUCGAAAAAGAAUUCGUUGUUUAG